ACAUGCGAGAUGUGAAGUGUUGGUCGGGCAAGUGUAUGUGUGUGUAUAUAUGUGUGUGAGUUUCAUAUCAGCUGGUAUUCGAACGAGAUGACAUUUCCAAUGGGAAUCCAUCGUUCCGUCUCGCUCUGCCGCAUUCGAUUAAUUAUAUUGCGAUGACAAAAAUACCAACAUGUAAACACGCACAUACAACCAAUUGUGUGUGAGUGCUUGUGUGUCUCUCUGUCUCUCACUGUAUUCACUCUAUCGCUAUUUUGCUAUGAGAAGAACGUAAUUUGUUUGGUGUCUACACAAUUUGUAUGGACUUUUGAUUGUGAUUUAAAUUUAAUUUAUUAUUGUUUGCCCGCGGAAUUAAAAUAGAAAAUUACGGCCAACGAUAUCGAUUCAAGGUGCUAUUGGUAAUGUUUUAAAAUAUUGUAUUUGAAACGUGUGUGUAUGAUGAGUGAAAACGAGGAGAAAAAAUCGAGCGGAGGAAACAAAUCAAUUGAUUAUUUGGGCGCAGUGAAUAGUUUGCUCGAGUCGAUCGCUGACAAAGAUGACGGUGUCAAGAGUGCGGUGGAACGAUCGUUGGUUCGUAUGUGCAAGCGGCGACCCAACGAAACCAUCGAAAUCAUUUGCAGCUAUCGCCAGAAAUGCUCAAAACUUCCAGAGUCACAAGUCGCAAUUUUAUUGAGGGUGAUUGAAAGUUUCGUGAAUGAAAACAGUGAUCAAUUGAGCGCUAGUUGUUUGGACAAUGUGAUUGAUUUAUGCGUUAGUGAAAUGACCAAAUCAACAGAACAUACACCCGAAAUUCAAAAUCCAUGCUUGGACAUUCUUGUUGCAGCGGGUCGAUUUCAUUGUAGCAAAGUGAUGGAUGGAUUAGUUAAGCAACUACAACCGGGUCAAGUAGGUCAUUUCAUGGUUUUACAUUGCAUUGGCAGCUUAGCAACAGCAAACACAUGCGGAAUUAUCCAAUUUAUUCGACCAACACUUGAAACCAUCCUACCAACGCUAAGUUCAAUACGUCUGGACCAUCUUAAACAGGCGUAUAGUUUUGCGCUCGGUCACAUUGCCGAAGCAAUCAGUGAGCAUGUUUCAAAUAUCGAAGGAAAAGAAGGGGCCAAUGAAAACUUUGUCGACGAAAACUAUCAUGCCGAAUUGUCAAUCGCAUACAAUGUAUUGCUACAGCAAUGGCUUCCGAAUCGUGAGCCAAAAGUGUGUAGUGAAAUCUUGCACGCACUGUCAUUCAUUUACCCAUUGUUGCCGCAAGAAAAGCUGAUUGAGCAAGUAUCAAAAGUGAUACCACAGUUGCAGGGCUUCUACCGUCGAUCGAUGGAUCGUAAUGCAAUUACACAACUAUUGGCUUCAGUAUUAAAGGCGAGCAUCGAUGCUGAUCGAAAUUCGCUUGACACACAAGCCGACGCACUCAUAUCGAAUUUAUUCGACUUGGUGUGCGUUAUACCUGACUACGGUCGGCCACAAACGUCAAAAGGCCACUAUGAAGUGCUUCGUUGUUUCGAUUUGUUGCUGCCAAUCUAUGCGGAAAAGGUGUUAGACAUGCUGUUAGUGCAGCUGCGAAAUAACAACGAAAGAGAACGCAUCAAAGCUUUGUUGGUCGUUACGCAUGUUACGAAUGCAAAAAGUGAUUUGGUGGCCAAGAGAAUCGACAGCAUUACCGAAGUAUUGAAACAUAUGUUGGUCCAUGAGAAGACAAUUAAAGUGAAGCUCGUCGUGUUAAAAACAAUCGUCGUAUUGGCACAGAAGGCGUUGCUUCAAGAUAAUGAGUUCAUUCGUUAUAUUAUUACACAUUGUUGCCAGUUGAGCAAAAUGAAUUUGGACUAUGGCACGGCUGAUGAAUAUACCGAUUUUAUGCAAGCAUGCAAAAACUCUUUGGAUUUAUUAGCAUCAACCGUUUACACGGUAUCGGAUUUAUUGAAGAGAGAAUUGCUACAAUUCUAUCUUCUGAUCGAUUACACCGAUGUCACCGGAACGUUUGCAAUGUGCUUGGCCAAGCUGUUUGAGAAGAGUACCGAUAUGUCGUACACUGAAGUGGAAAACGCUGAAAAAACACUUACUUACCUGCCCAGCGCAGAAACAGUUCUCGCCCGAAGUUUGAUCUUACUUGGAAAUAAAAAUCAAUCGAGACGAUCCGAGCAUAUUUUGGAGUUUUUGAAAUUCUAUUCGAAAAUCAUAAACAAGCUCGUUGUGCCGCUUUGGACAACUGAAAUACCGAAAUUGAAGAAACAAAUCAAAGAACCCGAUUUUCAUGAGAAAGUGUUUAAAUUCGUAACGGAUACAAUCAAAGAGUAUGAUGAUGCCGCAUUUCCCGAAACUCUUGCCAACAAACUGGCCGAUCAAAUGAUUUUGUAUCCUGUGAUCAUCAAUCCAAAGGAACAUUUGGUGUCAUCAUUGAAUGAAGAACGUGGAAUGCUGUUGAAGCUAAUCGGAGUGACAUUGUGCUAUGUCACCGACAAUCAAACCAUCGAAUCAAAAUUGGAACUGAUCAUCAAUACGGCACGCCAAGAAAAGCUGGAGAAACUUCAAAAUCAUGCUGAAUUUGAAUCGAAGCUGAGCGAUGCUUGCACGGCAUUGGGUGUUAUAUCAAAAAUUCAUAUGAAUACCGUCAUACAAAAGAUCGAGCAUUUGAUUGAGACCGACGGCCAAAAGAAGCAAAGUUCAAGUUUUUUCUCGUUCAAAAAAGACAACAUCAAAGACACUGAUAUUUACAAAGUGAAUAUUCUCGCGGUGGAAGCGUAUGAAAAGAUUGUGGAAAAUAUUGCCGUACAUGAAGAUUUGAAGGGGAUUCAUGAGAAAAUUGUAAACUAUUUGAUUAAGCAGUUGUCCGAAGCCAAGGAUAUUACCAUAAAGAAAAAAGUUUUAGCCGCUUUAUUAAUACUUUGUGAAACGGUAUUGAAGCACGAAGAUUUGUGCGAAGAGUUUAAAUGUCGCACUGUGAUUCUGGAUCAAUUGGUUAAAAUUGAUGCAAACUAUGAUAAUUUACCGUUGUAUCCAACGAUUUUGAAGCUAUCGGCGAUUUUAAUACAAAUCAAUCCACAAGAUGACUUCCAAGUGCAUAUCUUUUUCGAAGCAUCGUGUCGCACUUUUUUCACCGCUGCUCAACAACUAAAAAAUAAAUUCGAUUCCGCCGAAGAAGAUGAACGUAACAGUUACAUUGCAAAAUACCUGAAUUUAUCAUUACCUGAACUCAAUCAUCUCGUCAAAGUGAUCUUCCAGCAAAAUCCAACGCCAGCCGCCCUGGACGACGUGAAUUGUGUGCUGGAAUUUUGGAUUCGUGAUAAAAACAGUGAAGUUCGCAUUUGUGCGAGUCAUGUGAUGGACAGUGCAUUGAUUAAUUAUAUACGAUCAGUGAAAAUUGGAUGCGAAGCACCUUCGAAAUUCAACCAAAGUGGAGCUAUGCUUGGAAAAAUCGUGCCACGAUGCAUCGACUCGUAUCCGACCGUUCGUCAAACGGCUGUGGAUAUAUUGAAGCGAAUUUUGGAAAUUUCCUGCAUUUACGAAACACUUACAAUCGCCGAAAACGAUGAUUGGUACAAGGAAUUGGGAUCUAUUCGCGAAGAUAUCGUCACAGACGAUGCAGUUCAACUGUAUCAUCUUACGGAAGAUAUUUCGAAAAUCAUCGCUGAACGGCUAUCAAACUUUCAAUACGUUCAGUUUUGCAAAACACUUCUGAAGGCUCUUGAAGACACUGAAGAGAGUUCGGCAAUUGGAUCAGCUGUUGUGUUGAAAAACUUUAUCCGUUUGAAAGGAUCGGAACUGUUUCAUGCCAUUCCGGAAUUAGUAACCGACUCACUAACGGCGAUCGCCGAUUGCCCAACUCCGCGUGCUAAAACUGGUGUGUUGAAAGCAUUGGUCGCUUUGGCUAAACACCAUCCCAAAUUAGUUUGUAGUGAAAUGCUUGCUACUCAACUUCCAUUUCAAAGUAACAUCAUUGAGUUUUGGCGGUCUGUUUCGUCUCAAGCCGAGCUAUCUGGUUUCAUCAUUGAUCACUUUUUGGGUAUUCUGAAUUCAUCGUGUUUAUACGAAGUGUCUGCUGAAAAAGCCGGUCCAAGUAAUCAAAAUGUUGCAACACAUCAGCCAUUUGCGAUAUUCUGUGCACUUAGGGAAAUUGUGCAGGGCAAAGAGAUUCGUGCGGAAUUGAAAAAGCGUUUUCCAGAGUUGUUUGCCUUAUUCCUAGCUUCAGUGGCAACAUACACAAACUUGGCGCCACCAGCCAAAUCACCAUCUGCAUCGCCUACAGCAAAAGUGGCCAACCCAAAUAACAAAUCAAAGUUUGGAUUCAUUCCAAAUAAAGAGUUGGUGAAGAUGAAUCCAUGUCAAGUGGUUCUUGAUGCGUUCAAAUUCUAUUUGGAAAACAUCGAAAUGGAGCAAUUGGCACAGGUUCUAACUGUUUAUCCGCAUUUGGCGGCGAGUGUUGAAUUGAAUAACUUCAUGGAACUGCUAACACCAAUGGGCGGUGCCUUAGUUGGUCAGCUGGGAAUCACGUCCACCGCGAUGACACAAGUCGUUGAUGCGAUUGCCGAUAAGAUUUCCAGCCCAUACGAUAGCCAACGUAUUGCUGCCGUUGGUCUCUACUCUCAAAUUGUUCCUUUGAAGCCAACUGGCGAACUGUCGUCGAUUAUCAUGCAACAUUUGAAUUCAGCACUGGGUGAUCCUAACCCAUUGGUACGUGGCUUUUGUGUUCGUGGCAUGGCAUAUGUUGGCAACCUAAAUGAAAACGAUGUCGAUAAGUAUUCGGAGAUGAGCUUAACUGCGCUACUUAAAGGUAUCGAUGACAACAAUUCCGAUUGUUUCAUCAAUAUUCCGCUGGAGAGCAUGAAGGGAUUGUCACGCAUCGUAAUGGCUCUACACAGAGACAAAUUGGAAUCAUUCCAAGUGUCUCUGGCCAUUCGAAUUCGGCCGUUCCUUGAAAAUUCCGCAUCCGAAAUUCGCGAAGCCGCCAUUCUACUGUUUGGCGAUUUGUGUCGCAUUAAAACCGCCGACCAUGGAACACGCUGCAAAACGCCCAUUGAAACGAUGACACCCGUAUCAGAGGCGCUCAGAGAGCAGAUAUUCCAGAAUUUCUUCUCACUGUUUCUGCAUUUGAGCGAGUCCGAUGCUCAAAUUGUGCGGGCGACCAAAGUUACGCUGCGAAAAAUAUCAAAUAUUAUCAAUGCUCCGAAAGUAAACGAAAUGGUUCAGAGUCACAUAUUGGAACAUGGUAACUUGCAAUACGACAACUUUAUGGUGUCGUUUUUGAAGUUAAUCAGUGAAGACCUUGGCGAGCAUGUAUCCGAUUUCAUCGAAUCGACGUUGCCACAUUUGAAAAGUGCAUGGCCGGAGAUUCGUGGUAAUGCCGCUUGUAUCGUCGGUCUUUUGUAUAACUUGCACUCCGGCUCAAGCCAUCAACAACAUUCAGCCGAAUAUUUGAGCCAUAAAAUAUCAGUACUGUUACACGAUGAUGUGAUUGCAGUGAGAGUCAAGGCGGCCAAUGCACUUGGUUUUAUGUUUGGCGAAGUCAUAUAAUACUGUUAUUUUGUUCAAAAAAGAAAUUUAUAAAUGUCAUGUUGAUCUAAAUAUUGCGUUCAGACUUUAUUCCAUUUUAUUCAUGUUUUGCCUUGUUUCUAACAUUUGUAAGAAUAAAUACAGCCGAUGCGCUAAAAAUUUGCUAAAUACA